AUGAAUUUUACGAGGCUCUUACGUUCAAGCUCUGUGCUGAAGGGCUCCUCAGUCAGGCUAAGGACAUUUGCCACUUCAAAACCUUAUCUAAAUCAAGCUACCAGUGCUGCUGAACGCAAGUCCAUAAUACCGAACCAUUCUUCAAAUACAUCCCUUAACUAUGAAAUAGACCCAGAAUCACCAAUAAAUAAUAAUAAUGAUCUUAUACAGAAGGUCUUUGAUGAUGAUUUGUUUUGGAAUAAGUUCAACAAGCAAGACAAGGCCACUGUUGGGGCUAAUAUACCAUUUCUGAAUAGAUUUAGUAAAAAUUCAGGAUUAUUUCAGAAUCCAUAUUUAACAUCACCAUCAGGUUUGAAAGAAUUUAGUAAAGAUUCUUUAAUAAAGGCCAAAGAACUUGUUUAUAAAAUGACAAAUGAUCAAAGCCCAGAAGCUUUAAGAAAUUAUAUAACAAAUUUGGAUAGACUAAGUGAUGUUUUAUGUCGUGUGAUUGAUCUUGCAGAGUUUAUUAGAGUUGUUCAUCCUAAAAAAGCAUUCAUUAAUGCUGCUCAAGAGGCUCAUGAAGAAAUGUUUGAAUUCAUGAAUGUGUUGAAUACAGAUGUUGAUUUAUAUUUGAUUUUAAAGAAAGUUUUAACAGAUGAAAGUAUCGUUAAACAUUUGUCACAUGAAGAAGUUCAAGUUGGACAAAUUUUAUUAGCUGAUUUUGAAAAAUCCGGUAUUAAUAUGGAUCCUGAUACAAGAAAUGAUUUCAUUGAAUAUUCACAACAAAUUGCCAUCUAUGGUCAACAUUUUACAAAUGGCCUUGGUGAAACUGAUAAAGAUUACAUAGAAAUUCCAACCGAAAAAUUAUCCGGUUUAGACAAAACAAUCACCAGUCACUUAACAACAGAUUUAAGAAGAACCAAUUAUAAAGUUCCUUCAUGGGGUUAUUUACCACAUGUUAUUCUGAGAUAUUGUAAAGAUGAAGACGUCCGUAAGAAGAUAUGGGUUGAACUACAUAGUACAACAACAAAUCAAGUUCAAUUAUUAGAAACAAUGUUAAAAUAUAGAGGUGUCUUGGCUCGUAUUAUGCAUAAACCAAAUUUCUCAGCUUAUCAAUUAGAUGAAAAAAUGGCUAAAUCACCAGAACAUGUUAUGAAUUUUUUAAAUAAAUUAGCUGAAGAAACUAAACCUCAUGCUAUUCAAGAGCUCAGAUUGUUAUCUAAUUUAAAACAAAAGGAAUUAGGUGAUACCAGAUCAUUAACAAAUACCGAAGUGGCUGAUUAUUUAAAACCAUGGGAUAGAGAUUAUUAUUCCCAUUUGUACUCUACAAAUCAAAGAUCAAGUGCAUCAGAACAAAUUAGUUCAUACUUCUCAUUGGGUGUUGUUUUACAAGGUUUGUCCAAUUUAUUCAACUCCAUUUAUGGUAUUCAAUUAAUUCCAAGUCAAGUUCAAUCAGGUGAAAUUUGGUCAGAUGAUGUUAGAAGAUUGAACGUUAUUGAUAGUAAAGAAGGUCUUGUUGGUAUUGUCUAUUGUGAUUUAUUUCAAAGAAAGGGUAAAACACCAAAUCCAGCACAUUUCACUGUUUGUUGUUCUAGAAAAAUAUAUUCAGAUGAAGAUGCUGAAGAUUUAAAAUUAGUUCAAACUGGGAAAUCUAAAAUCACAGGUGAAGAAUUUCAAUUACCUGUUAUUUCAUUAGUUUGUAAUUUUGAAAAAAAUCCAAGUAUUGGAAGAUGUUUAUUAUCAUUAAAUGAUGUGGAAACUAUUUUCCAUGAAAUGGGUCAUGCUAUGCAUUCAAUGCUUGGUAGAACUUCGUUACAUAACAUUAGUGGUACAAGAUGUGCAACAGAUUUUGUUGAAUUACCAAGUGUCUUAAUGGAACAUUUUGCUAAAGAUCCAAGAGUUAUUCAAACUUUUUCGAGACAUUAUCUUACAGAUGAACCAAUUCCAUUACAAUUAUUGGAAACUUUUCAAAAUGAAAAUAAUUAUUUAAAACAUACUGAAUCAUAUUCACAAAUCAAAAUGGCAUUAUUAGAUCAAUAUUUACAUUCAAAUGUUGUUUUAUCUAAGACAUUCAAUUCAACUGAUAUUUAUCAUGAAUUAGAACAAGAAUUACAAAUCCUUGCAGAUCCAGAAUCAAACUGGCAAGGUAGAUUUGGUCAUCUCUUUGGUUAUGGAGCUUCAUAUUAUUCAUAUUUAUUAGAUAGAGCAAUCGCAUCAAAAGUUUGGUUACAUUUAUUUGCAUCAAAUCCAUUAGAUAGAACUAAAGGUGAAAAAUUCAAAAAUGCAGUUCUAAAAUGGGGUGGUGCUAGAAAUCCAUGGGUUUGUGUUGCUGAUGCUCUAAAUAUGCCAGAAGUUAGUUCAGGUGACGCUAAAGCUAUGGAACUAAUAGGUGAGACUGAACUCAAGAUAUAG